GUCGCUCGAUUAUCAAGUCCUCCUCGGGACUCGAGCGCUCGCGGCGACGACCCGAAGGAGUACGACGCCCUGUGGAUGCUGGAGAGGAAAACCCUGAACAUGGUCGAACCCCAUGAAAGCUUCGACAACUUCCCCGUGGGAGAGAAAUCCUGCGAGGAGCCCUGUUCGAACUACUCUAUGGCGAACGUCUUCACGGGAGACACCUACAUCCCCGUCCAGAAUCCGCAAUAUGUCUGCACGGAUUGCGGGAAGAAGUACAAAUGGCAGGACAGCUUGCGGAGACAUCAACGAGUCGACUGCGGGAACAAGGAGAAAAGGUUCUCCUGCGUCAAGUGCGACCGGAAGUUCAAGUACCGAUACGAGCUGCGCAACCACAUUUUCGCCAUGCACGGCCCGUAAUCGGGACGCGAGGAGACUUUGUUAUAAACACUCGGAAGAGAACCUCGAGGAAGGCGAACGGCGGUUUAGGAACCUUCCGACUCGGUUUAGGAAAC